AUGGGGUUUAGCGUGUUAUUUAUGUUUUUAACUUGGACUGCAGUGAUAACUUAUUUGACGUUUGGUAUCGAGAGAGAUCGCACGAUGUUUUUUCCAGAUUACUUUUUCUUUGCUGAAAGACGUUUGGUAAAUCAUACGAUUGCAACAAAAUACGUCAAAAAAUUUGAUGACUGCGAGCUUUUGUGCUACUUGAACGACAGCUGUGUCAGUGCUAACUUCAAAAAGGAUCCAGAGAAUGAUGGAAUAGCUUAUGCUUGUGAACUGAAUAACGCCACUCAUCUGGAGCACGAGGUGGACCUGAUAACUGACAUGGUUUUCUAUUACCGUGGGUCUAAGAACGCCUGCAGCAAAAAUCAACUCUGCCAAAAUAACGCAGCUUGUCAGUCUGGUUUCACAAUCAAAGGAUAUCGAUGCUCGUGCCCUCCUGGAUUCGAGGGAGAAUAUUGCGAAAAAGUUGAUCCUUGUCAACUCCACACAGUUUUACAUGAUGAAGAUCGAGACAUAGAGGACGUUGGAGGCAAUAAAUGUGACAGACAACUAAACGCUGGCUGGUAUCGUUUCCUAAACAAGACAGGAAUACGAAUGCCGACUACGUGUCCACCGACUGAUACAAGGUGUGGUACAUCAUGGCCAGGUUGGUUAAAAGGAGUUCAUCCGACGGUGGAAGAUGGAACAGUUGCAAGAACUGUCUACUUUCGAAGGCGUCAAAACUGUAAAGAACUAGCUGUACACAACAUUGAAGUGAAGAACUGUUCUUCCUUCUUUGUUUACCAUUUAAGACCAACCAGUAGAUGUAACUAUCGUUACUGUUACUCCUCUAAGUAACCAUUUCACCCCAUAAGAGUGACUAGCGUGUAAUUUCUCCUUACCAUAUCGCCCCUGAAUCGAGCAUUAGGGUCAGGAGAAUGAAGCAAAUGAUCAACAACCAAAGAAGCUUUAAUUUAGAUGGCAAAAUCUGCUUGUAAGUACCAACUGUAACUAGUUGUUUACUGUUCUCUGUACAUUUUUCCGACGGCAUUAAACACUCGGGCUCUUAGUUCGAGCUGCACACCCACCCUCGUGUGUAAGUCGUUAUUUAAGAUAGGAACGCCAGCUUCCUUGCGGAUUUGUUGUGUAAUGAAUAGGCGAUUACAAUUUGGAGGUCGUUAUAACCAGAGUGCGUAGCUGGCAGUUUUAUUUGGGAGUACUUGAGCAAGUUGCAAGGCCGCAAAGGGAACGGAAAACAAAGAUUCACGCUUUAGCAGCGAAAUAGCUCACAAGUUGAUUGCGUGACAAAAAUUAACUGCCAAAUAUGUGUAA